UAAUGGCCUCUUUUUAUUUGUUUCACGUGACUGUAAACACGUCUCUGUCUCCACACUGAAGCCAUCAAAAUGCUUCCUGUUUAUUUAGAGUACUUGAAGGGUAACAGGAUUGCUGCAGCUGGUCCAGAAUAGAAGGAGACAUUUUUUUAACAGCGCAAGCAUUGUUGCUCGAGGAGUGACUAUCUCUUGGUGUGUCGAUCCACGGCUUUGGUCAAAACUAAAAUGUCUCAACAACUAUUGGAUGGAUUACCAUUUCCCCCUUUAUAAUGAAUUGUUAUAACUUUGGAGAUCACCGCAACUUUCAUCAAGUUCCAUUAUCAGGUCUUAGCAGUCAUUAGCAGGGAUUCAAAAUGAUGGCAGAGGACCUUUUGAACGCUCUGGAGGAUUUGAGAGACGAUGAAUUCAAGGACUUCAUCUGGCAUCUGCAGCAGCCUGACAUCCUGGAAAACUGUCAAACCAUCAAAGUGUCCAAGCUGGAGAAAGCAGAAAGGCGGGACACAGUGGAUCUGAUGGUGAACACCUAUAAACUUCAUGGAGCUCUGAAGGUGACCAAGGAGGUUUUAAAAAAGAUCAACAGGAAUGAUCUGGUGCAGAGUCUGUCAGACGCCAGCUCCGGCUCAGAAGUGUCAGUGAAUGUCGAUGAUGUUGGAGAGACUUCAGAGAUCAGACGGGCUUCCUUCCUUCAGAGCAAACAUGUGAUUGUUCCAGUACCAGAGCCACAACCCAUCUCAUAUUACCAACACUUGCUUCAGUCACACCUCCAGGAUAAGUUUAUGUGUGCACAAGAGGGUUGGGCACAGAAGAAGGAUGAGCAACGUCUUGAUGAUAUCUACACAGAGCUGUACAUCACAGCAGGGGGUGACGUACACAUCAACACACAGCAUGAGGUCAGGCAGAUUGAGACAGUGGUGAAGCCAGCAGGAACCGAGAAACCAAUUAAACCCAGUGACAUGUUCAAACUCCCCUCCGGAAGAUAUAAACCCAUAAGAACAGUGCUGACCAGUGGAAUUGCAGGAAUUGGGAAAACAUUUCUUGUGCACAAGUUUGUGUUGGACUGGGCUGAAGGAAGAGCCAAUCAAGAUGUGCAUCUCAUUUUCCCUUUCAGCUUCCGCCAGCUGAAUUUAUGGAAGGGAGAAACAUUGUGUUUGGCAGAGCUCAUUCAUGAAUGCAUAAGGGAAACCAGAGACAUCAAUAUAGAAGCUCUUAAUCACAUUUUUACAACUCUACAGUCAUCAGGAAACACCAACUAUGACAAGAGCAAAUUCAAACUUCUGUUUGUUUUGGAUGGACUGGAUGAGAGCCGCCUUCAUCUGGACUGCUCUACCAGUGAAAAUCAGGCAAUUAACUUUGAUGUGACAUCGUCGACCUCAGUGGAUGUGCUGCUGACAAAGCUGAUCAAGAAGAAACUGCUUCCCUCUGCUCGCCUCUGGAUAACCACACGACCUGCAGCAGCCAAUCAGAUCCAUUCUGAUUUUGUUGACAUGGGGACGGAGGUCAGAGGGUUCACUGACCCACAGAAGGAGGAGUACUUCAGGAAGAGAUUCAGAGAUGAGGAGAAGGCCAGCAGAAUCAUCUCCCACAUCAAGACAUCACGUACCCUCCACAUCAUGUGCUACAUCCCAGUCUUCUGCUGGAUCACUGCCACAGUUCUGGAGGAUGUGUUGAAAACCAGAGAGGCAGGAGAGCUGCCCAAGACCCUGACUGAGAUGUAUUCAGAAUUCUUGGUCUUUCAGAUUCAUCAGACAAAAGAGAAGUAUGACCAAAACAAGUGUACUCAGUACAUUAAGUCAUUAGCAAAACUAGCUUUCAGCCAGUUGGAAAAGGGCAACCUGAUCUUCUACGAGAAAGAUCUCAAAGAGAGUGGCAUUAAUAUCAGCGGAGCUGCGGUGUGCUCAGGAGUGUUCACAGAGAUCUUCAAAGAGGAACGUGGGAGGAAGAAGGAUGAAGGCAAGAUGUUCAGCUUCGUCCAUCUCAGUGUUCAGGAGUUUUUAGCGGCUUUCUAUGUAGAGAGGGCCGUCAUUAACAAAAACAAGAAUAUGAUGUGCGAGCCAGGGCAAAGUUUUGUCAAACAUGUGCGGAUGGUUUUCAGCAAAAGAUCUAUGACAGAGGUCCACAUAUUUGCUAUUGACAAGGCCUUGCAGAGUCCAAAUGGACACCUGGACCUGUUUCUCCGAUUCCUCCUGGGUCUUUCUCUGCAGACCAAUCAGACUGUCCUACGAGAACUAAUGAAAAAUAAAAGAAGCUCAGAGACCAAUCAGGAAACAGUCGAGUACAUCAAGAAGAAGAUCAGUGAGAAUCUGUCUCCAGAGAGAAGCAUCAAUCUGUUUCACUGUCUGAAUGAACUGAAUGAUCGUUCUCUGGUGGAGGAGAUCCAACAGUACCUGAGUUCAGAAGGUCUUUCCACAGAUAAACUGUGUCCUGCUCAGUGGUCAGCUCUGGUGUUCAUCUCACUGUCAUCAGAAAACGAUCUGGAUGUGUUUGACCUGAAGAAAUACUCUGCUUCGGAGGAGGCUCUUCUGAGGCUGCUGCCAGUGGUCAAAGCCUCCUACAAAGCUCUGCUGAGAGGCUGUAAUCUGUCAGAGAGAAGCUGUGAAGCUCUUUCUUCAGUUCUAAGCUCCAAGUCCUGUAGUGUGAGAGAGCUGGACAUGAGUAACAACAAACUGAAGGAUUCAGGAGUGAAGAUGCUCUCUGCUGCACUGGAGAGCCCAAACUGUGCACUGGAGAUUCUCAGGUUGAGUCAAUCCAGGCUUACAGAGAAAUGCUGUCAGGAGCUUUCAUCAGCUCUCAGCUCUGAGUCUUCUCGUCUGAGAGAGUUGGACCUGAGUAACAACAAACUGCAGGAUUCAGGAGUUAAGUUGCUCUCUGCUGCACUGGAGAGUCCACACUGUACCCUGGACACUCUCAGGCUAAGUGGCUGUACUCUGUCAGAGAGAAGCUGUGAAUCUCUGUCAUCAGUUCUCAGCUCCCAGUCCUCUAAUUUGAGAGAGCUGGACCUGAGUAACAACGACCUGCAGGAUUCAGGAGUGAAACUGCUCGCUGCUGGAUUGGAGAGUCCACACUGUACAUUGGUAACUCUCAGGUUGGGUCAUACCAGACUCACAAAGAAAUGCUGUCAGGAGUUUGUAUCAGUUUUAAGCUCUCGGUCCUCUAGUCUGAGAGAGGUGGACCUCAGUAACAACGACCUGCAGGAUUCAGGAGUGAAGCUGCUCUCUGCUGGAUUGGAGAGUCUACACUGUACGCUGGAAACUUUCAGGCUGUCAGGCUGUCUGAUCACAGAGGAAGGCUGUACUUCUCUGGCCUCAGCUCUGAGAUCCAACCCCUCCCAUCUGAGAGAGCUGGACCUGAGCUACAAUUAUCCAGGAGACGCAGGAGUUAAGCUGCUGUCUGCUGCACUGGAGGAUCCACACUGGACACUGGAUACUCUCAGGUUGGAACAUGGUGGAGAACAGAGGUUGAAACCAGGUCUGGGGAAGUAUGCCUGUGAACUCACACUGGACACAAACACAGUAAACAGGAACCUCAAACUGUCUAAGAACAACAGGAAGAUGACAGCAGUGACAGAGGAGCAACCAUAUCCUUAUCAUCCAGACAGAUUUGAUUACUGGCCUCAGCUGAUGUGUAAAAAUGGUCUGACUGGUCGCUGUUACUGGGAGGUCGAGUGGAGUGGAAGGGUUGAUGUAUCAGUGACUCUCAUUGGAAUUAGAAGGAGCGGAAACAGAUCUCACUGCAGGUUUGGAAAUAAUGAUCAUUCCUGGAGUCUGGUAUGCUCUGAUGUUAAUGGUUACUCUGUCUGGCACAACAAGAGAAGUGCAUACCUCCCUUUCCCAUUCUCCUCCUCUAACAGAGUAGCAGUGUAUGUGGACUGUCCUGCUGGCAGUCUGUCCUUCUACAGAGUCUCUUCUGACACACUGAUCCACCUCUACACCUUCAACACCACAUUCACUGAACCUCUUUAUGCUGGGUUUGGGUUUGGGCUUGGGUUAUUGUCAUGUAGUCCCUCAGCCUCUCUGUGUUCACCGUAGGAGGGAGAUUCUGACAAACACACAUACACUUUUAAGAAGUCAUACUAACUCAUAGUUACAAGAAAACAACAUCUCUCGACGUUCUCCCUAAGAACUUGGUAUUUCACCUUGGGGCAAUGUCUUAAGUCCCACAAGUGUUGUGCUUCGUGAUGCGCAUUCUCGUCGGGUUGCGUUGGGUCGUCUUAUCACUUUUUGGAUAAGCUAGCAAAACCGUAACAUAGAAAGUUGUUUAUUAACCUAAUUUUGCCUUAACUCCAAGGUUACCUGUCCACUGCGGUCAAGCGGAUGUGCAUUAGGAUCCAUUCCUAAUACAAUUAAGGGUCCGCGUCCGCUUUGUGUUCCACGCAUAUGCAUUUCCCGAUCCAAUCAACGUUCCAGUUGGUGACAGUGUUGUUACGUUGUUCACCAGGAGUUUGGAAAAGUAUGAAUUGACCUUAAGAGUUGUAACUCAUGAACGCGCAUUCAUGGGCUGAGACCCUCGCGGAGUUGCCGAAGCAUUCACUGCUACGUCUUGCAGAACCACGCCCAUCCGGGUGAAGUACCACAUUUUAAGGGAGUCCCUUUUAUCUCUCUAGUUAAUGCACUGCAUUUAUGUGAUUUUUAAAUACCUUGGAACACCUUUUUAAAAAAUCAUUACGAUUUGUGGGGUUCUUUCACAUAAAUAAGUACAUUAUCUAUUUUCAAUAAAAUCAGGUUCCACACAUACAUAAGAAUAUGAAUAUAUGAACCAAUGUACCAAUUAUCUUACUUUGUAUUUUGUAAAUUUGGUAUGAGUUAUCAGAAAAUAAACAAGUUAUAUAUUUGACAAGA